AUGGGUCCUCUUGUCGGAGCGACCGAGCUUUCGAAAGCUCUCACCGAGGCUGGAAAGAAUCUCGUCAAGCCUCAUUCCUCAACUGAUGCGCUUCUCAGUCUAGUCAAUGAAAUCGAGUCUCUGCUCUCCAGCGUUGAGCAAGAUCCUACUCCACCAGUGCAAAAAGCCCUAAUUCCAUCAAUGGACGCUUUGAUAUCUGCUGAUUUCUUGAGAAACCCUGAUUCCGAUGUCAGGGUUUUCGUUGUCUCCUGCUUAACCGAGAUUAUGAGGAUAACUGCCCCAGAGGCCCCAUACAAAGAUGACCAAAUGAAGGAGAUCUUCCAGGAGACAGUAGAAGCCUUUGGGAAACUAGCUGAUGCAUCCUCUCGGAGUUAUAAGAAAGCCCUGGCUGUGCUUGAUACUGUUGCUAGGGUCAGAUCAUCCUUGGUGAUGUUGGACUUGGAGUGCGAUGAUCUUAUUCUAGAGAUGUUUCAGCAGUUCUUGAACAUCAUAAGCCCGGAUCAUCCUCAACUGGUGGUUCUCUCAAUGGAAACGAUAAUGAUCACAGUUGUAGAUGAAAGCGAAGAAGUAUCCAUGGAAUUGCUCGAGCUUCUCUUGAAGGCUGUCAAAAAGGAUAGUCAGGAUGUCUCACCAAUGGCUUCGAAGCUUGUGGAGAAGGUUCUCAGUACUUGUGCCUCUACGCUUCAACCAUACAUCAUGGAAGCUUUGAAGUCCACAGGGACCAGCUUGGACAUGUAUUCUCCAGUUGUUUUGUCAAUAUCCCAAAGCGAAUCUGCCACUACUGAUGCACACAACGUUGUUAACCCCAAAGAAAUUGAGGCAAAAGAACAAGUAGUUCAAAGUGAUUCAUUGCAGGGAAAAAUGGAUCUGGGGAUUUCUUGCAAGGGGAAUAGGUCCAAGAGAACUGCAAGAGGUGGAGCUAGUCGAGCCAAUGGAGAAUUGUUGAAGCAAGCGGGGUCUGAGAGUGCAGAUGCAGAGACCGAGUCAGGGUCUACAAGGACUAGAGGGCGGAAACCAAAUUCUCUGAUGAAUCCUGAGGAAGGCUAUUCAUUUAAGAAGUCUUCAACGAAGAAGGCAUCUUUGCCUAGUAAAGCUGGCCAAACGAAUCAGUCUGUCGUGAUUUCUCUCUCACCCUCUAGUAAGGCUAGGACGGGGUCUAGUAAACGAAGCCGGAGUAAGAUGGAAGAGACGAAUCUUGAUGUACGUUCUGCAGCUAUGCCAACAUCAAAGAAACAGAUUGUGAAGAAAGGUUCUUCUGAUGAAGAGGAGUCUCUGGAGUCUGACCUUGAAAAACCUGAAGAUAGCAUUAAGACUGCCAAGUCAAGUAAAAAUGAGAAAGCACAGAAUGGUUUAGUCAAAACAUCUGCAAAGAAGCCACUUGCGGAGGUAAAGACCAGUGGGAAAAAACCAGUCCACACAGUUGCGAAGAAAAAGAAUUCAGAAGGUGCAAGCAUGGAUACACCUCUUGCCCAAUUAUCAAAGAGCAAGAAGAAGAAUUCUCGUGCAACAACGCCUUCAGCCAAAGAAUCUGAACAAACUCCCAAGAGGAAACGCACAGCUGAUGGAGAGGAGUCUAAUAAGAGUGUUGUUGGUAAGGAAUUGGUUGGUAAGAGGGUUAAGGUCUGGUGGCCACUCGACAAGAUGUUUUAUGAAGGCGUCGUAGAGUCAUAUUCUAGUCAUAAGAAGACUCAUAAAAUAGUAUAUACUGAUGGUGACUCUGAAGCGCUUAAUAUGAAAAAUGAACGUUGGGAGAUACUCAACGAUAAUUCUUCAGCCAGGGAGGAUUCCGAGAAUGAUCUGCCCGAGUCUACUCCGUUAUGUGACAUAAUACGAAGGCAGAAAGCUAAGAAGCGCAAAAAUGUGGAACUGAGCAGUUCUCCAGAAGCCAGAUCGUCUGUGCAAGCAAUGAAGAAAGACUCUGUAACAAAGUCCAGUAAGCAAGGGACAAAAAACAAGGGUGCAGUGAAGGCCGUGAGCAAUGAACCAGCGAGCAGAGAAGGGAAGAAUCCUACAUCUUCAAAAGGCAGGACUGGGAAAAGGCAGAAGGUGACUCAAGCUAUGCACCAGGAAAGUGACAAAGAUGGCGAUGUGAAGGAAGAAUCUGAAAUCAGUGGUGAAAAGAGUCUGAAAUCAAGGAAAGCAUCAAAAACAAAGCCUGAACGUAAGAGAGAUGACCAAGAACUGCCUGAAGAUCAAAACACAGAAACGGAAACUGAUGGAGAGGAGCUCAAAGUAGCAGAAGAGCCAACUGCAGAACCGACAACUGAUGGAGAAGAGGACAAGUUAGUGAAGGAAACAAAUGCAGAACCCAAAACUGAUGAGGAAGAGCUUAAGCCUGCAGAACCUACAACUGAUGAAGAACACAAGUUAGUGAAGGAAACAAAUGCAGAACCUGAAGCUGAUGAGGAAGAGCAUAAGCCACUGAAAGAGCCUGAGACUGAGGUGCAAGAGCUAGAGCCUGAAACUGAUGGAGAAGAGGAGAAGUCGGUGAAAGGGCCAAAUGCAAAACCAGAAACUGAGGUACAAGAGCAAGAGUCAGCGAAAGAGCCAACUGCAGGCACAAAAUUGACUGAGGAGGAGGAUCUAUCUGAGGAAAAGAGACAAGAGAGUGACAAAGAAACAAGCACAAACGUGUAUGUGGCUGGUAAAGCAGAAAACGGAGCUGAAGACGAUGAUAAGGGAGUAACUAAGGAGCUGAGAGAAGAGACUGCUAAGGAAGAAGUCGGUACUGUUCCUGUUUCAGGUUGA